AUGGCGAUCGAGUCAAGUAUAGAUCUGGGAGCACCGGUUCGUGGAGGCGCGGGUAUACGCCGGUUUGAUGAUUCUUCUUCCAACGGUAAUGACUCUAUUAGUCCUGUUGAUGUGUAUAAUCUGAAUGAUGAAAUUAAUCCUUCUAUUAUGCUAGUAUCUGUUCAAUUGAAUGAUUAUAAUUACCGUAAUUGGACUCCUGGUACAUUAGAAUAUCUUAGGUGGAAACAAGUUGAUAGUAUAGUUAAGUCUUGGUUAAGUGCUGCAAUUUCCCUUGAUUUAAUGGAAGGUUUCUCUUAUGCAUCAAGUGCUAAACAACUCUGGGACGAUUUAGCUGAGAGAUAUGGUAAUGCAAAUGGUCCGAUGUUAUUACGGAUGAGAGAAGAACUGAUCAGUUUGAAACAUGGAGAUCAACCAUUAGUGAAGCAUUACAAUGCUCUGAAAAGACUCCGGGAUCAGUAUAAACAUUUUAGGCCUCUUUCUGAGAGUCCACCUGCAGUUGCUAAGAAAAAUCCUCUUCCUGUUAGCUCGCAGUUGUUUGGAAAUUCUACAUACUCUGUCACUUCUAACAACUAUUCUGCUGCUUCCAGCAUCACCUUCAACAGUAACUACCCAGCUGCUUCAAGUACUAAUGAUGCACUGAUAACAAAAGCACAGGUUGGCAAAUCAAAGAAGACUGAGACAAGUUAUGAAUAUGCUAAGAGGAAACUGGAAAAGGCUUCACUGUUUUGUACUUAUUUUCAGAGACCUGGGCAUGAUAAGGAAGGUUGUUUCAAGAUUAAAGGCUAUCCAGACUGGUGGAGCUUAGCAGAACUAUCAAAGGGAAAGCUCGUGUGGAUUCAGAUGAUGCUUUAUAGCGUGUCAACUUUGCACACUUUGGAGAGUUUGCAGCUCCUUGUUAAUGCUGAUUUCAGAAAUCAUCAGUCUGAAUCUUCGUCUUCUAAUCAUCAGUCUGAUUGUGCAGAUUCUUUUCCACCUGCACAAUCUUCUUCUUCCUCCGAUUUAGUUCCUCAUUCUGCGUCUACCUUACCAAUGCAUCAUUCUGUGGAUCCGAAUGAUGUUUUACUUCCUCCUUCAUCCAAUUCCUUACCUGUGGUUAGGCAUAGCACCAUGACCAAAACCAAACCUGCCUGGCUACAAGACUAUGCUCAUCAUAUCAAUGAUCUCAACCCCGUUGCAGUGAUUUCCAACGAAAAAUUUAAUGGAGGAAAUGGACUAGAAAUCUUUGAAGUCGGCCCUUGCAAAGAUGCCAAAACAAUGGGUUUCUUGAUUGGCCAGAGAUUCUCUUCCCUGAUCCAAAGCAGGCUCGCCACUGACCUUAUCCUCCAAAACCAGCUCCGCCCAUUUUCUGAAACUCCUCAAGGACAACAACUCAUUCAAUCUUUAUCUGAAAAUAACCGCAAAAGGUUUCCAGAUUACUGGGAUGAGCUCUUUGGAACAGCCCAAGGAAGUGGGGUGCCUUUUCUUGAUAUUUUACUGCUGAACUUCAGGAAGGAAAUUUUGCCAUUUGCUGGACCCAAGACGGAUGAAGAAUUGAAGGAUGAAAUUAGUGAUGAUUGCUCUGAUAUUCUUGUCGUCGGAGAUUCCAUGGCUAUUGCAGCUCACAAUGAAGAUGCAAAUGUCGCUUUGCUUGGUCACACGUAUCUGAUAAAGGGAACUCUCCGAAAUGGAUUGUGUUUCACUGCUUACACAUAUGCAGGAGAGCUCCCAAGCUGCGCCUUUGGAUUCAAUAGUCACGGCCUGGCUUUUACGCUGAACUCUGUACCACCAACUGCUGCUGAGAUUGUGGCCGGUGGGAUUGCCCGGAACUUUAUUUCCAGAGACUUGCUUGAAGCGAACAGCAUUGAUGAUGCCCUGAAGAGAAUUGGUUCAUCAGAGGUAUCUGUAGGUCAUAGUUACAACCUGAUUGACACACGGUCACGGAGAAUUUUGAACGUGGAAACUGCAUCAGGAAGUCGAAUCUCAAUACAUGAGGUCCUGGAAACGCCAUUUUUCCAUGCAAACAUGUACCUUCAUCUUCAGGUUCAGCAGAUGCAUGAUGAGAACUCAAUAAGCAGACAAAAAAGAGCAAGUUUUCUGCCAAAGGGAUCAAAGAGUGAAUUCCUUUCGGUUCUUGGAGACACGAAGCAUGAAAAAUAUCCUAUCUACAUGACAGGUCCCGUGCUCUACACACUCUGCACAGCUCUGUUUGAUUUAGAUGAAAAAACAGUAUCAAUCACAGAACGCAAUCCAAAGAACACAGAACCGUCCUUUGUUUUUGCUCUGACUUAA